AUGAGGAAAACUUUCUUUUUCGCUCUCGCCUCGGCGAUUUUGAUGAAUGGCUUUGCUGCCUCUGAAGCAACGCGUGCCAUCGAUACAGAUUUUGCCGACCCUUGCGUGAUAGAGACGAAUGGUGGCUAUUAUGCCUUUGGCACUGCUGGAAAUGGCAAGAAUGUACAAGUUGCAGCAUCUGAUGACUUCUCAACAUGGACUCGCUUCAAAUAUACCGAUGCCAUGCCUGGUCCGUUUCCGUCGUGGAUCGCAUCGACGCCUAACAUUUGGGCACCCGAUGUAAUUCAGCUUGAUAAUGGUACAUUCGUCAUGUACUUCUCUGCAGCCUCGAGUGAAGAUUCCAGUAAACACUGCAUUGGCGCGGCGACAUCGUCGGUCGUCACCGGUCCAUAUACCCCACUAAACAGCCCGAUAGCUUGCCCUAUUAAAAAGGGCGGGGCAAUUGAUGCCAAUGGAUUCAACGAUGGAGGCACCUACUACGUGGUAUACAAAAUAGACGGAAACAGUCUUAAUGGCGAUGGAACUGAACACGACACUCCCAUAAUGCUACAGAAACUCAAGUCAGAUGGCGUCACUCCCAACGGAGAUGCAACUGUGAUUCUCGAACACGGUACCAGUGAUGGUCCUCUUAUCGAGGCCCCUAGCCUAGCACAUGCGGAUGGUAACUACUACCUAUCGUUCUCGUCCAAUAUGUACGACACCACGUUGUAUGAUAUCAGCUACGCGACGGCCGAUGUAAUCACUGGUCCUUACACGAAGGCUCAGACCCCUGAUGGUCCUCUUCUUGUUACUGGGGAUCCGAGUAAUGUUGGAGACCUUUCUGGUCCAGGUGGGGCUGACUUUACAUCUGAUGGCACAAGGAUUGUUUUUCAUGCCUUUAAAAAUGGCAAAGACAUUAGUGAUGGGCGUGCGAUGUACGUUGCUAGUAUCUAUCCUUCAGGUGGUGUAAUCACUAUCCUCUAA